CAAGCGUGCUCUGCUCUUACGCCUGGGAUUCCCUUUUGCAAACUCUCCCCCAAGGAAGGAAGAUGUGGCUGCCUUUAUUGCAGAGGACGCUGCCCAGGGUGGGGCUGCGAUGGCAGCACCGUGCAGCAAUCGAGGUGGCCAACGAGCCGGUUUUGGCAUUCAUGUCCGGCAGCCCCGAACGAGCCGCUCUCCAGAAGGCUCUAAGCGACUUGAAGGGCAAGACCGAAGCUAUCCCGUGUGUCGUUGGGGGCGAGGAGGUGUGGACGGCUGACAUCAGGUAUCAAGUGUCGCCGUUUAACCAUUCGCACAAAGUGGCCAAAUACUGCUACGCCGAUAAGGAUUUGUUGAACAAGGCCAUCGACGCUGCUGUGGCCGCCCGGAGAGAAUGGGACCUCUGGCCCGUCCAGGAACGCGCUGCCAUCUUUUUCAAAGCCGCCGACAUGUUGAGCGGGCCGCGGAGAGCCGAAAUCCUGGCCAAGACCAUGGUCGGACAGGCCAAAACGGUCAUCCAAGCCGAGAUCGACGCAGCGGCGGAGCUCAUAGACUUCUUCCGUUUCAACGCCAAGUACGCCGUGGAGCUGGAGGGGCAGCAGCCCAUAAGCGUGGCCCCCAGCACCAACAGCAUGGUCUAUCGGGGACUGGAGGGGUUCGUGGCUGCUGUCUCUCCCUUCAACUUCACCGCCAUCGGAGGCAACCUGGCAGGAGCACCGGCUUUGAUGGGGAACGUGGUCCUCUGGAAACCCAGCGACACGGCUAUGCUGUCCAGCUACACAGUGUACAAGAUCCUUUUGGAAGCUGGCCUCCCUCGCAACGUCAUCCAGUUCGUCCCGGCCGACGGCCCGGUUUUUGGCGACACGGUGACCAGCUCAGAGCACCUCUGUGGGGUCAACUUCACCGGCAGCGUGCCGACCUUCAAACGACUCUGGAAGCAGGUCUCUGAAAACCUGGAUCGGUACCACAACUUCCCACGGCUUGCUGGGGAGUGCGGCGGGAAGAACUUCCACUUCGUCCACGCCUCGGCGGACGUGCCCAGCGUGGUGAGCGGGACGCUGCGCUCGGCCUUCGAGUACGGGGGCCAGAAGUGCUCGGCCUGCUCCCGCCUUUACGCGCCGGCUUCGCUCUGGCCCCGCAUCAAAGCCGAGCUCCUGGAGGAGCACCGCGAGAUCAAAGUGGGAGACCCGACGGAGGAUUUUGGAACAUUCUUUUCGGCUGUGAUCGACAACAAGUCUUUCGAGCGCAUCAGGAAGUGGAUCAAACACGCCGAGACGUCGCCCAACCUCAGCAUCCUGGCCGGGGGCGGCUGCGACGACAAGGUGGGCUAUUUUGUCCAGCCGUGCAUCAUCGAGACCACAGACCCGAAGGAUCCCAUCAUGCAAGAGGAAAUUUUCGGGCCGGUCCUAUCCGUCUACGUUUACCCCGAUAAUCAAUACAAAGAGAUUCUCCAGCUCAUCGACAGCACUUCUCCGUACGGCCUCACAGGGGCGGUAUUUGCACAGGAUAAAUCUGUCAUCGCCGAAGCGACCAAACUGCUCCGGAACGCAGCCGGCAAUUUCUACAUCAACGACAAGUCUACCGGGUCUGUUGUGGCCCAACAACCGUUCGGAGGUGCUCGUGUUUCAGGAACGAAUGACAAGCCCGGAAGCCCCUACUACAUCCUGCGGUGGACGUCUCCUCAGGCCGUCAAGGAAACCCAUGCGCCCCUGGGGGGCUGGAAAUACCCGUACAUGCAGUGAUGCUCCCCCGGCAGUGCCUUUUUCCGCAGUCACAUUACCCACGUGCAGAGUGGCGGAUCCACGGCAGCCAACCUCUCCCGUAACGCACAGCUGUCUUUAGGAACUAUUGUCCCUCUGUAGCACUUUGACAGUAUCAUUUCCUGUUUUGUGUGGAGGCAGCCGGCGCGAAGUGCCUUUGAAAACGAACCUGUCGGAUUGAAAACGAAGGAAAAGAACAAAAGGCUCCCAAAUUUUAACAUUGUCUUUGGUUCUCCAGGAAGAAUGAGUGAAUAUCGGUUGUUGUGGUGCUGAGCACUGUUAACCCGGGUCCCUCAAAUUUCAUUCUCCUCCUUUUCUGGUGUCUUAAUUGGGCUUCUCCUCGGGGGACACCCACGCACUUUGGGGCGGGGGACAAUUUCGGUCCAUAGAGAGAGUUGGAAGCAGCAGCAGCAGGCCAAAAUAUUUUUUUUAAAAAAAAUAUAUAUAUAGUAAAGGUGAGGUAACAGCUUUCCUUCUGCCGUGUAGAUGCUGCUACACUUAUACUUCAUACGAAACAGUCUGCAUACACAUUCUUGUAAUAGAAUCGUAUCGCUCAGAAGUCUCAACACUGGAUACACACAGCGGAACACAACACACCCACCAACAACUUUGGUUCAAUUGGGUCCCUUUAAAUCAUUCGUCUCUCAGAUUGGGAACAACCUGAUAAAGUGUGGAACAGGUUGAAUUUUGGACUUGAUUGUUGCAACUCAAAACGUUUUGAUCGCAUGUGGAAUAAAGAUGUCUGACAAGUCUUGA